AUGCCAAUCACCAAAGUUCACGCUCGUCAAAUCUACGAUUCUCGUGGUAACCCAACUGUUGAAGUUGAUCUUUACACCGAGAAAGGAGUUUUCCGCGCUGCUGUUCCUUCAGGAGCAUCGACCGGAGUACACGAGGCUCUUGAGCUUCGUGAUCUGGACAAGAGCGUUCAUCAUGGAAAGGGAGUAUUGAAGGCUGUGUCCAACAUCAACGAGAAAAUUGCUCCAGCUCUUAUUGCUAAGAACUUCGAUGUAACCCAACAGAAAGUCAUCGAUGAUUUCAUGCUCGCUCUUGACGGAACUGAGAACAAAUCUAACCUUGGAGCUAAUGCUAUCCUCGGUGUUUCUCUUGCCGUUUGCAAAGCUGGUGCUGUACACAAGGGGCUUCCUCUUUACAAAUACAUCGCUGAGCUCGCUGGAAUUUCACAGGUUGUUCUCCCUGUGCCUGCCUUCAAUGUCAUCAACGGAGGUUCUCAUGCUGGAAACAAGCUUGCCAUGCAAGAGUUCAUGAUUCUUCCAACAGGAGCCAAGAGCUUCUCCGAGGCUAUGCGAAUGGGAAGUGAAGUCUAUCAUCACCUCAAAGCUGAAAUCAAGAAGAGAUAUGGUCUCGAUGCUACAGCUGUCGGAGAUGAAGGAGGAUUCGCUCCAAACAUUCAAGAUAACAAGGAAGGACUCGAUCUUUUGAACACUGCUAUCGCUAACGCUGGCUACACCGGAAAGAUUACUAUCGGAAUGGAUGUUGCCGCCUCUGAGUUCCACAAAGAUGGAAAGUACGAUUUGGACUUCAAGAACCCUAAUUCUGAUAGCAGCAAGUGGCUCACCGGAGAUCAACUCGCUGAGCUUUACCAAUCCUUCAUCAAGGAGUACCCUGUCGUCUCAAUUGAGGAUGCUUUCGAUCAAGAUGAUUGGGAGAACUGGGGUAAAUUCAUGGGAAGCACUGGAAUCCAACUUGUUGGUGAUGACCUCACUGUGACCAAUCCUAAGCGUAUUGAGAUGGCUGUUGAGAAGAAGAGUUGCAACUGCCUACUUCUUAAGGUCAACCAAAUCGGAUCUGUCACCGAGUCCAUCGAGGCAGCUCGUCUUUCUCGAUCCAAUGGUUGGGGAGUUAUGGUUUCCCACCGUUCUGGAGAAACAGAAGACACUUUCAUCGCUGAUCUCGUUGUUGGAUUGUCAACUGGACAAAUCAAGACUGGCGCCCCUUGCCGAUCAGAGCGUUUGGCUAAGUACAACCAACUUCUCCGCAUCGAAGAAGAGCUCGGAGAAGGAGCUAUUUAUGCUGGCGAGAAGUUCCGUAACCCUCAAGCCUAA